AUGAAAUCAAUUUCAAUAGUUUUAAUUAUAUUUUUAGUAAAAUUUUUGGUUUCUGCAGAAACUAAAACUGAAGUUAAAGGUUCAAACAAUUGUUACGUUAGCUUUGGUGGCAACACCAUUUAUUUAAAGGGACGUGGUAUCAAUGUUAUCACAUUCGACCCAAACGUUCCUUCCGCCAUUGAAGCUUCCGUUUUUGAUACAGAUAGUUAUGGUAUAGUUAGUGGUGGUAGUAGCGCUAGCGCUAGCUUUUUAAAUUAUAUGAACAAUUUUGAAUAUCAAGGCCAAAUAGUUCUUAUUGUUAGUGUUGAUGAUUCAGCUUCAUGUUUGUCUAAUGAAGCUAGAAGCUUUUUAAAGAAGUAUGGUAUCGAUUCAAUUGGUUUCAGAUCAUCUUUUGUUACAGUAUUAAUAUCCGAUAUGAAUUAUAAAUUCACAAAAAUUAGAUCAAAAUAUAAUAUUACUGAAAGUUCCUCUUCCACUCUAGAUUUUAUUUAUUCUGCAUAA